AUCAAAACCUGGCUUAGUCGUUCACGUGCCCAUGCAGAUAGGUUGGGUAAAACCGAAAGCAGGUUAUUUUUGUACCUUCUGGUCUGGUAGAUUCUUGUUCAGGUCUUUUGUUCCAUCUUCACAAUUUUGUACCGCUGUCAUGAAGACGCUUACAGUAACUGUCUCGUCCUCUCGGCCUCCCCCUGUAACACUUCUUACUGUUGAGCAUCUAAAGGAAAAAUGUCCUGUGACAGUAGAGUGGGGUGAGAAUACUUCUCUCAAGAUCUCCAAUGACCUAAUACUGAGCAGUGAUCAUUCAAUUGCAAGAUAUUUGGCUCGCAAGUAUCCUGCCUUGGGUCUGUAUGGAAAAGAUACACUUCAAGCUUCAGAGUGAAGGGCAAAGUUGAAACCCUGAGCCAACCAGGUUGCAGUUUUGAGCACAUCACCCGAUGGUUGACAUUUUGUGGAGCCCAGCCACCGUUCUGCAAUGUUUCAGACAAACUUCCAAGUCAGACUCAAACUGAUCCUUCUCAAUUGGGUACAAAAAUGAAGUCAGAAGGCAAGUAUGUCAAUCUUCCUGGAGCAUCCCAGGGAAAUGUAGUGACAAGGUUUCCACCUGAGGCUAGUGGUUAUCUUCACAUCGGCCAUGCUAAAGCUGCUUUGUUAAAUCAAUAUUACAAGAACAUGUAUGAUGGCAAAAUGAUCAUGAGGUUCGAUGAUACCAACCCUGCUAAGGAGAAUGCUGAAUUUGAGAAGGUCAUUCUGGAAGAUCUCAAAAUGUUGAAGGUCAAACCAGAUAUGUUCACGCACACUUCAGACCACUUUGACACAAUCAUGACGUUUGCUGAGAAGAUGAUCAGAGAGGGAAAAGCUUAUGCAGAUGACACUGCUGCAGACAAGAUGAAGGAAGAGAGAGAACAGCGUAUCAAGUCUGCCAACAGGGAUAACUCGGUAGAGAAGAACCUUGAAAUUUGGGAGGAGAUGAAGAAAGGAACAGAGUAUGGCCAAAGAUUUGCCCUAAGAGCCAAGCUUGAUUACCAGUCAGAAAAUGGCUGCAUGAGAGAUCCAACUAUUUAUCGAUGUAAGCCAGAGGAACAUGUGCGAACUGGAACAAAAUACAAAGUGUAUCCCACAUACGAUUUCGCUUGUCCGAUAGUGGACAGUAUUGAGGGAGUAACUCACGCCCUGAGAACCACAGAGUACCAUGAUCGUGAUCCACAGUAUUAUUGGUUUAUUGAGCAGUUGGGCAUCCGAAAGCCAUAUAUUUAUGAAUUCAGCCGGCUCACGCUGCAAAACACUGUCAUGUCAAAAAGAAAGCUGACCUACCUCGUAGAUCAAGGAUAUGUCGAGGGAUGGGAAGAUCCAAGAUUUCCCACAGUUCGUGGCGUGCUCAGACGAGGAAUGACUGUGGAAGGGUUGAGAGAGUUUAUUGUGUUGCAGGGUUCAUCGAAAGCGAAUGUUCAUAUGGAGUGGGAUAAGAUUUGGGCUCUUAACAAAAAGGUCAUCGAUCCCAUAGCACCAAGAUACACAGCUCUCUCAAAGAGCGAUGUUGUGCCUGUGUAUAUCCCUGAGGCCCAAGAGGAGAUGAAAUUAUGCCCGUUGCAUCCUAAGAACCCCAGCGUGGGUAGCAAAGAAGUCUGGUACGGGCCAAAAGUUUUCAUCGAGGGAGAGGAUGCUGCCGCGCUUUCUGAAGGGGAAAUGGUCACACUAAUGAACUGGGGCAACGCUAAGGUCACAAAGAUUAACAAGAAUCCAUCUGGAGGAGUGAAAUCAGUCGAAGCAGAGUUGCAUCUCGAUAACAAGGAUUUUAAGAAGACGGCUAAACUAACAUGGAUCGCAGAGUCUGCCAAAGCACCACUGCUUCCUACGAUCGCGGUCGAAUUCGAUGACGUCAUCUCCAAGCCUAUUCUCACAAAGAAUGAUGACUUCAAGAACUAUAUCAACAAAGAUUCUAAGCAUGAGACAGAAAUGUUUGGAGAUCCUGCAAUGGCUUCACUGAAGAAAGGAGACAUCAUCCAGCUUCAGCGGCGAGGCUAUUUCAUUUGUGACCAACCUUACGAGCCACCUAGUCGUUACACAGGCCGUGAAAAUCCAUGCAUCUUGUUCUCUGUCCCUGAUGGUCACACCAAACCGUCGCCAACUGGAGGUGCCAAAGCUAAGGAGACAGGAGGCCACAAGAAAAGUGAAAAGAAGAGUGACAGUAAAAAGAAAGACAAAGGGGAAAGCGUCAAACCAUCCGCUGCAAUGAAUGGAACAGACUCCCCAAAGCCUACUGCAUCUCCUGAACAAGUAGAAAAACUUAAAAGCAAAAUAACUACACAAGGGGACAAAGUUCGCAAUCUCAAGUCUGGUGGAGCCCCCAAGGAGGAAGUCGAUGCAGCAGUUGCAGAGCUACUGAGGCUAAAAGGAGAGUAUAAAAAUCUUACAGGAGAAGAUGUUGCUGGUGGUGGGAGAGGAAAGAAAGAGAAAAAGAAAGAAAGUGGAAAAGAUAAUGCUAAAAAAGAUUCAAAACCUGUUAAUAAGCAGGAAAAAACAGUGACUGAGAAUGGUGAUGCAGACAGUGGAGCUAAGAAAAUCACUAGGUUUGUGAUGAUGAAAUUUUGUUUGUCAAAUUACAGACUGGGUCUAGAGGCUAAGAAAGAAGAAAACCUGAGUGAUUGGUUUUCUCAGGUUGCCUGGGUAACAAAGUCUGGCCAAUCUGAACUGGCAGAACCAAUUGCAAUCAGACCAACCAGUGAGACAGUUAUGUAUCCAGCUUAUGCUAAGUGGAUCAAGUCACACAGAGAUCUGCCACUGAAACUUAAUCAAUGGAAUAAUGUUGUGAGAUGGGAGUUCAAACAUCCUCAGCCUUUCCUUAGAACUCGCGAGUUUCUCUGGCAAGAGGGACACUCUGCCUUUGCUACAUACGAUGAAGCUGUUGAAGAAGUUUACACCAUUUUAGAUCUUUACCGUCAAGUUUACACCGAUCUCCUGGCCAUUCCAGUCAUCAAAGGAAAGAAAACCGAGAAGGAAAAAUUCGCAGGAGGUGACUUUACUACAACAGUAGAAAUUUACAUAUCAGCCAGUGGACGAGGAAUCCAGGGUGCGACGUCCCAUCAUUUAGGACAGAACUUCUCCAAAAUGUUCGACAUCGUAUUUGAGGAUCCAGAUCCAGCAAAACAGGACAAAAGAUUCGUGUAUCAGAAUUCCUGGGGUCUCACUACUCGAACAGUUGGUGUCAUGACAAUGGUGCAUGGCGACAAUCAAGGACUUGUACUGCCUCCUCGUGUUGCGUCAAUUCAGGCCGUGAUUGUUCCCUGUGGUUUAACUGUCAACCUUCCCGAAGACGAGAAAACCAAGCUUCUAGACAAGUGUAAACAAUUAGAGCAGAGGCUCAAAGCCGCUGGAGUGAGAGCCAAAGGCGACUACAGGGAUAAUUAUUCUCCAGGAUGGAAAUUUAAUCAUUGGGAAUUGAAGGGUGUGCCUCUUCGUAUCGAAGUUGGACCUCGUGAUCUGAAGUCCGAACAGGCUGUCUUGGUACGGAGAGAUACUGGAGAAAAGCGUGUUAUCAAGCAAGCUGAUAUUGAGAAAGAAAUUCCAGAAACUUUGGAGCGUGUUCAUUCCGACAUGUACCAGAGAGCUAAAGAAGAUCUGGAUGCAAAUCUUGCUGUAGCUCACACCUGGACUGAGUUCAAUGCUAUGCUGGAUAAACAAAAGAUCAUCCAAGCGCCGUUCUGUGGCGACGGUUCUUGCGAGGGCAGAAUUAAGAAGGACAGUGCAAGAGACCAAGAUUUAGAGCCUGGUGCACCAUCAAUGGGGGCAAAGAGUUUGUGCAUUCCGUUCGACCAGCCCAUGGAGAUCACUGCUGACACAAAAUGCGUAUACCCUGGGUGCCCACAGGCGCCAAAAUGUUACACACUUUUCGGCAGGAGUUAUUAAGACCUCGCUCAGUCUUCCAAAGAAUUGUCUUUUUCUCCAAGAAACCUCAAAUUCUAAUGAUAAAUUUUUCCCCGAUGUCUUCGAGUCCUCUUCAGGUGUGGAGUCAAAUGAGUGGUGCAGUUUUCAUGCACAGGUUUCUGGGAUGCUUGAAGCUCCUAGUUUUACCAGAAUCGAAACCAGUCUUAGCAAUUUUCAUCAGUUUCAUAGCGAGUUUAUCUAAGUCCAGGGAAAGUAAGUAACUUUUGGCACCGUGCAUCAAACAACGUAUCUAAGGCGGGAAAUUAGAAUCUUCAUCAAAGGAAAAGUAAAUGAACGAGAUAAUAAACGAGAUAUGAGAAACAUGCAACCAAGGGAAGCUGUGUAAGCUCGUGAGAAGAGAUACUUGGUUUGUCUGCAUCCUGAUUUACGCUAGUUGUUAGAUAGCUCUAGCUGGUUAUUUCAAGCAUCUAGUAAAUGUACUGUCUCUCCAUACGGAGAUCUUAACCCUUGGAGCCUAGAUUGUGACAGAGUUAAUAACUGCGAAAUGACACUGAAGCCAUAGGCGAUAAUAAAGAUUUCAGAGUUCAAACAAU